UUUUGACCAAAAUACCCUCAUAUAAAUAGGGUAUAUUUUCCGUUUCAAAAUUUUUUUACCAUUUUCGUUGAAGACUUCCGGAGAAGAAAAUUUUUUGGCGUUUUUGCAUUGUAUACCGGAACACUUAAGAUGGUUCGAAGAAGAGGUGCAGAUGGCCGGAUUCCAGUCCGCACGUUAGACCGGGGUGCAUCUUCAUCUGCAGCUGCAGCUGAGCCGACUGGAUAUCCAGGAGGGCCGUACGAUACAUCGCUUUUGGUGAAGUACGAGCAUCAUGUUGCUCGACAUAUAUGGUUCGGUGAGGAAAGAGGACCAAAGAAAGAGUUGAAGGUUGCCGGACAUGGACUGAAGUUGAAUUCUAGGGUUCCAUUGGCUCUUCCACCACAGAUGGAGAGUUGGGUAUCUAGAUCCGGUUUAGCUUCACUACAGAGAACGAGGCUGCUUCCAACUGGGCAUAUGCGACUAGAGCAUAUCUAUUGA